AGUGAUGGCGAGAGCAUCGGGAACUGCCCCUUUUCUCAAAGACUCUUCAUGAUCCUGUGGCUGAAGGGGGUCAUCUUUAACGUCACCACGGUGGACCUAAAACGAAAGCCGGCCGACCUGCAGGACCUCGCACCGGGGACCAACCCCCCCUUCAUGACGUUCAACGGCGAGGUCAAAGUCGACGUCAACAAGAUGGAGGAGUUCCUGGAGGAGAAACUGACGCCACCAGGGUACGCAAGCACACUCUAUUUCUCAACUGUUUCCGGAACGUCCUUAGAGAAAGCUCUGCUGAAGUCUCUCCGGCGGCUGGACGACUUCCUGAGGACUCCUCUGGCUGAUGAGAUCGAUGCGGAUGCUUCAGGAGACCUGCCCGAGUCCUCCAGGAGCUUCCUGGACGGGCCGGAGCUCACCCUGGCCGACUGCAACCUGCUGCCCAAGCUCCACAUCCUGAAGGUCGUAGCAAAGAAGUAUCGGAGCUUCGAAAUCCCGGCGGAGAUGACGGGAGUGUGGAGGUAUUUGAACAGUGCCUACCAGAGGGAGGAGUUCACCAGCACCUGUCCUGCUGUGAGGGAGAUCGAGUUUGCCUAUUUGGACGUGGCAAAGCAGAUCAAAUGA